AUGAGGAAUGAUGGAUGGGAAGAGCUUAUAUCUAAGGUUAUGGAAAUUUGCAAUAAGCUUGACAUUGAUGUGCCUGACAUGGAUGCAUCAUAUGUGCAAGGGAAGACACCUAGGCGACAUGCUACAACUUCUAGUGUUUCUAAUUUGCAUCAUUAUAAGCAUGAUUGUUUGUUUAAUGUUUUAGAUUUGCAGUUGCACGAGCUCAAUGCUAGGUUUGAUGAAGAGAAUACUGAACUUUUAGAAUGUGUUUCAUGUUUGAGUCCUUCAUCGUUAUUUGUAGCUUUUGAUGUGAAAAAGUUAUUAAGGAUAGUUGAACUUUAUCCAAAUGAUUUUGUGGAUGUGUCGGAAGUGGUGAUGCGACAUCUACUUCAAAAUUAUGUUAGAAAUGUUUGA